CACCCACGGUGGGGAUUCGUGUGGAGAGAGCGUGGGGAGUGACGCCACGGGGAAAAAGACUCCCAAGAAGUACGGAAAGCAUAUGCCGAUCGCAGUCUCACUACACGUUCAGCUAUAAUAACUACGCGUCGCUGCCUGCUUCCUAUUACCCCUCCCCCUCAUUGUCUCUCUUUUUCUCAAUCUCCCCGUUCUUUCCUCUCCCUGCAACACUGGCUCAUCCGCCUUCUGCCUUGUUGCAAUCCGCCCAUCAUGUCCCACUCCGCCGCUGAAUUGCAAAAGCCUACGGGCGAGUACCGUCAAUACUUGCCCGACCUGAGUCUGAAGCGCUUCCAGGUGAUGCGCACUCAGGAUGCCCAUGAAUAUGCCCAUGAUUUCAAGACGCUGAAGAACCCCCCGUGGCUGCAUGCGCUGUAUAUGCACUGGGUUGAUCUGCUGCAGGAACCCUUCAAGGGUGUAACCACCGAUGGAAAUGUUCGCCCUGGCUUGUUCACGCUCCAGGAUGAAGAUGUGCCCGUUGGCGACAUUGUUGAGUCCGUUCAGAACGUCCUGUCUCUUGCCGACGACAAGCAGCGCCAGGCGCUGUCCUAUCACAUUGACUCUCCCGAAUGGAGGACCUGGUCAAACCCCGAAUUCCUUUUGGCCCACAAGGGUCUGCGCCUCGACGAGAUUGACAACAAGCUGCGCGAUGCCAUCAUGAACGUCCUGAAGACCACCCUGUCGCCCGAGGGCUACGACAAGGCCGUCAAGGCCAUGCGCAUCAACCACUUCCUCGGCGAGCUGGUGGAAUCUCCCAAGGUGAUGAACGAGUUCUCCUACAACUUUGUCCUUUUCGGUCGUCCCUCGACCACUCGGCCAUGGGGCUGGUCCUUCUAUGGCCACCACCUUUGCCUCAACAUCUUCCUGUACAAGAACCAGAUCGUCGCCUCCCCGUGGUUCACCGGCGCCGAGCCCAACGAGAUCGACGAUGGCCCGUACUCGGGUACUCGCAUCAUGCAGAUCGAAGAAGAGCUCGGCCUCCGACUGAUGCAAUCCCUCACCCCUGACCUUCAGCAGAAGGCCCGCGUAUUCGAACAGAUGCACGACCCCGCCAUGCCCCCCGGCCGCUGGAACCGCGAUGACCAGCGCCACCUGUGCGGAGCUUACCGGGAUAACCGUGUUGUCCCUAACGAGGGUAUCACCGUCGAGGGAUUCACCGAGGAACAGAAGAAAUUCAUGUACGGUAUUUUCGAACAAUACCUGCUAUACCUCCCCGCCCGGGCCCGUCAGAUGAAGCUGGACCAGAUCCGCCAAUAUGAGUCGGAGACGUACUUCUGCUGGAUCGGUGGAUACGGCGACAGCGACCCCUUCUACUACCGCCUGCAGAGCCCCGUGGUCCUGGUCGAGUUCGACCACCACUCCGGUGUCUUCCUCAACAACGAGGAGCCCAAGAAGUUCCACAUUCACACCUUGUUGCGUACGCCGAAUGCCGGAGAUUACGGACAGGCUUUACGGGCUCAGAUUCCCGCUGUGGAGGGACUUAAUGGGAAGGAGAUUGUGUGGGAGAAAUCCGCUUUGUAAAGGCAGGAGACGUGUCAAUAUAUGAUGAUGUUAUGUGAAUAGAGUGUUAUAUAGCGUACAUACAUAUGGAAUCCAUGAUAUCCUCCAGGAUGGCUAUGAGGCUGUCACCAUCCUGACAAAC